AUGAUCAGUAGUGCACUGCUUUGUACCAAUAAACUUUUAAUUCACAAUCUUAGGUAUGCAGAAUUUACACUAUUACUUUUGCAUGUAUCUUGUAGUUGGAGGUUUGUGUUCUAUUUGGCGACAUCCAUUUACGGGAUGGUUAUAUUGUAUAAGGAACCCUGGCUGUGGGAUCUUCGACUUUGUUUUAUUGGUCAUGGCCGCCAGCCUUACACAGAUGAAAUAUUUUACUAUUAUGUGAUUGAAACUGGCUUUUACAUAUCCUUGAUUAUUUCCUUGUUUGUUGAUGUCAAGAGAAAGGAUUUUUGGCAAAUGGUCAUUCAUCACAUAGUCACAGUCAUGUUGACAACAUUUUCCUACACAGCUGGUUUCUUCCGUAUUGGUUCUGUUAUAAUUCUGUUGCAUGAUUUGGCUGACAUUUUUCUUGAGUCAGCAAAAGUGUUUAAUUAUGCCAAGUGGGAAACUACAACCAACAUAAUUUUUGUGUUAUUUGCUGUGGUAUUCAAUGCUACACGGCUUGUAUAUUAUCCUUUCUGGUAAGCUGUAAU